AACCCGGAAGACGGCGGCCACUCACAUUCCACUGCGGACUACCGGUGUAAGGAGGGAGACCCCAGCUGCGCUGCCUGGCCCUCGCUGUUGGUGCUGGGGGAGGUUAAGCCGGCAUCCCUGAGCUGCUUGGGGAGCCAACCUGGCCUGGCGAGUGGCGUCACAGGGGAAGGUAUUGUCCUGCCUCAGCGGUAUGAGCACAGGGAGAGGAGGCGCUUCCUAGACAUGGCAGCCUAAACUAAGCAGCGCCGCCAGUGCAGCGAGGCCCCAGCACCAUGUGAAGAGGGCUAAGGGGCCAGAAGUGAACAGGAUGCCAGCAGUAAUAGGGCUUUUCAGCGUGUGCCUCCUGGUGAUCACGGGAAGUUUGUACCAUCCCCGCCUCCUGAGUGAUGAAGUUGAGAGUGAAGAGGUCCAGUCAAGGAUGAAGGAGCAGGAGGACAAGUAUAAGCUGGAGAUGGAACGGCUCCAGAAAGAAGUGGAUGAGAAGAAUAAUCCUGAGCAGGAAAUGAAAGUCAAAACAUUUGCAAAAGCAGAAAACUCAACACAGAUAGAUUGGAACACCUGGAAUAUUCUCCUGAUGGUCACAAUUCUGUUCUUGGAACUGUGGAGACAGGACACGUGGCCACAUACACCACAGGACUCUCACAGUGAGGAAGAGGAGGAAGGGGAGAAGGAAAACGAAUUUCCUCAAAGAAUUUAUAGCAACAUUUUGAAUAUUCCUGACAAAUCUGUACUGGAUCAAUUUUAUAAUACAUGUAUUCAGAAUGUAAGUCAAGAGCCAAUGCAGACGUGUGAAUUUGUAGAAAGUUUUGUGGACAACCUCUUGGAAGCCUGUAGGAAUAUUUGCCAAUGGGAUUCUGAGCUGAUCCUUGAAGACUGUGUAGGCAUUGGUAGUCAGUUUGAGAAAUGGGGCUGUAAGACGCCCUCAGUGUAUGAUAUUUUGGUUCCAAUUUUUCUUCAAGAUGGAUAUUCCUUUAAACCAGAGAUCUGCUGUUGUGAUCUCCCACCUGAUAAGCAAAGUUACGGCCGGAUUGUUAUGGUAACACCAGGCAGUGCUGACUUGGGCUGCCUAUGUAAAAGUACUGAACUUGAAGGAGAUGUUCUUUGUCUUAUUCACAGUAAAAGGUUUGAAGCUGAUGUUCGUGCCAAUUGCCUGGCUUCCAUCGUGUGUUCUGAGUGGUAUUUGGACUACAAGAAAGUACUGAAAUGGUUCCGGGUUGCACUAGCAAAAUCCUGGAACAAAGUUUGUCAUAAGUAUGAUUUUGAUCUUUCCUUCCACAAUAUUACUGGUUGCUGUGGUUUAAAAGUCCAGUAUCAGUCGGGACGAAACAUCUACAUUAAAGCCUUCCCUGCUGUGAGGCUGAAGGAUUCAGACGUCUAUCUCGUAUCCAGCUUUCCUGAUUACACCAAGAAUACAGUGCCGUCCACCACCUACUGGCACAUAUCCUGUGCUGUCUGCGAGUACAGAUUUCUGAAAAUCAUGGCAAAAAGCGUUCCCAAAAACAGUUGUCACCUCAAGUGCCUUCAAAUAUUGACCUUUCUAACUGAAAAGCUCCAUAGCUCUCCAGACCAGCGGAACAUUCUUGGGUCCUACUUUUUUAAGACUGUCCUUAUGCAUCUGUUGUUAAGUCAGCCAUAUUCAAACUGGCAUGAGUGUCACCUGGAACAUAGGCUCAGAGACAUUUUGAAGUAUCUUGGAAAAUGCUUGGAUGAGAAACGGCUUUACCGAUUUAUGAUUGGAAAUCAGACUUUUCCAAAGCAAAUGGGAAUUCCAGAAAUGCUUCUGUACGCAGAGCCCAUAAACCUCUUCCGGUCCUUUGUAACACAGCGUGACUCUUACGGUCAGGCACUUAUGGAAUAUCAGAAAAUAUUAAGAGACAUGGGUCCUUUAAUGAUGGAAUGCAUUAAAGAUAGUACAGUCAGCUGACUGAAAACAGAGCAGUUGCUCCUAGGUUGGGAGCAGAAUUAUUUAACAGAUAUGUAAUAUUUACAGUUUCAUUAAUAGUACAUUUUAGAUGUGUUUUUACAUGCUAUUUGUUUCUCUUCUUUAAUACAUGGUCAUAUUUUUGAUGCUAUUUUAUUGUCACACAUUUUCCUCACGGAAACAUGGGUUUGUGUUUCUUGAUAGAUUGAGUCUUCACUUUCACCUUCUGCCCUCACAAUGCAUUCAGAAUACCUAUUUGAACAUCUUGAAGUUGCAAAGCUGUUAAAAGUCGCUGUACACUGAGGAUUUCCACAAUUGCUCAGAUGUCCGCUUGUGAGUCACCCUCCCGGUUCAAAAUGUAAUGGUGGACACCUGAACUGACCUCAUUGUUCCAAAUGGGAUGAGCAGGCAGUGAGCAGUCCAGUCAUUCCUAAAUAAUUUGCCAAGGGGUAAAUCUAGUCAGUCCCAGUUAUUUUGUUGCAGUGCCUUGGUGCAAAGGUGGAUAUUGCCAAAAUUUAAACCAAACCAAGCUGAGCAAAAAUAACAAUCCAGACUUACUCACUGCCAUGCAGAGAUACUGAUGCAGUGAUUAAGAGUUCAUCAGGAAUGUACUGUUUUUAAGAAAAAGGCUGAUCCUCCCACGAUUAAAUAGAUCAAGUCCUUUGGGAUGCUGGGUUGUCAUUCUCAUAAUUUAUACACAAGUCAUGAAACAUCACUGCAAAGAUUUGAACUAGAAACUGAUCUUUAUAUUCCCAAUGGGGAAGACUUAAGGAAGCUGCUGAUAUUUGUAGAGCUUGACUUUUUUCUCACUGGAUUUCUACAUUUCUGCUGGUAUUUCUAAAUCACAGGGAUAGGGUGCAAUCUGUAAUAACAGUGACAUGUGGGCAAGAACACAGUGAGGAUUUUAAAAUGUGCUCUUCAACUGGAUGUUUUUCCCUUCUUGAGGAUCCAGUGGAUGUGCAUCCUGUUGGAUGCUGGUGAGUUGAGCUCUUGGAGAUGCACUGCUACUCAUUUGUAGGAAUGGAGGUGGGCAGGCCUAAACUUGAAACCUAAGACCACCCAGGGAUAGAACAAUUCUCCAUAUUUCAGGCAUAUUUCCUAUAUUCUAUAUUUCCCAACCUCUCAUUCCUGAACAAAUUUUAAAAAGUUGUACUGUUCACCACUGAUCCCUCUUACCUCCAGCCUGCUGUCAUCUUUCUUCUCCCCAUUUUGUUUACAUAAUCAGUCGACACUCCUUCUGAAUGUGCUUUUGUUCUAACUACAACACCCUAUUCCUUGUUUCCUCACCACAUUGAAAUGAAAAUUCAUCCCAAUCUGUCAGGCUAACUCGGAAUUUUCUAAAAUCUUAAAAAACUGGAUUUCUUUUCACUUUUCUAUUCUUUUUACAAUUUAACAAUUUUGGAAAUAAAUUCAUUACCAUUUUUGUUACUCUUUUCAACUUGAUACUUUGUGUUAGUGGCCUUGGGCAUUCAUCCAUGGUCAUUUUUAAAACAUGCAGUGUUUGAGUGUAAUAUGUAUAAUAGGGUGUUUUCUAUUCUAUUGUACAUUCUUGUUUUACAAUGAAUAAACAUAUAUUUUCAAACAGA